AUGGUCACGCUGCCGGAGGCCACACUCGGAUCGCACGGAAGAUGCAGCUUCCGGGUCAUCGGCGGCGGCCAGGAGGACGGCGUGCUGCGCAUUGUCCUCGUGAUUGACAACGACCUCAAGGUCUUCGCUCGGAUCAAUGGCAGUGACGACAAGUGGAUGGUGGAGCGUCUCGUGCGGCUGCGGGAGACCACCCGCGGGCUGCCUGCCCGUGAGGAUGGCUAUUUCCAGGGCGAGGCUGUUAUUGUCGACGCGCACGACACGUACGUGCUCUUGACACCACGGGAGAAGGCGUGGCUCUUCUCCGUCGUGCUCGAGACUAUGGAGGUCGACCGAUGGGAGCUGCCACUGCCAGUGCACAAGCUAUGGUCACCAAUCUCCCAACUCUUCUCUUGCAUUGAGAGCUAG